UCCCUGAACUUAACACCCUGAAUUUUUUAAUCCCGGUCAUCAGUGUCCUUUGACCCCCAACAAGUUCCCAUACAGUUUAGUCUAGAUGCAAUUGGAGCCAAAAAGUUUCCUGAAUUGGAUCGCUGCUUGUAGUAUUGAGUUCAUCCUGUCUGUUAAUCAGUUUGGUUAAGCAUCAGGAGUUCACGACACCCAUCUCAUGAUGAAUCUGAGUUAUCUGGAAAGCUCCUCGGUCCGUCGACAUAUUCAGAAUCCAAUCAACUGUCUAAUCUAAGUAAUCAGGCACGAACGAAAGAACGGCCUGAGCAAAGACCCACACGCUUUAAAACCCAAUCCCCUGGAGCAGUUAAGCCCACCACUCCCCCCCCACUAAUCCACUCCACUCCACUCUCACGGCUCUGCCAUGACUCCCCUGCUCCUCCUCUUCCUCCUGCUCUGCACCCCCGCCACGCCCGCCGCAUCCCUCGCCGCCGACUUCUCCGUCCUCCUCGCCGCCAAAGACGCGCUCUCCGACCCCGCCUCCGCGCUCUCAGCAUGGCGCACACCUUCCCCCCUCUCCCCAUGCCGCUGGCCGCACAUCCUCUGCAGCUCGUCCGACGAUGACCCAACCAUCGCCUCCCUCCUCCUCUCCAACCUCUCGCUCGCCGGCGAAUUCCCAAAACCGCUCUGCUCGCUGAGUUCCCUCGUCCGCCUCGACCUCUCCUACAACUCGCUCACCGGCCCCUUGCCUCCCUGCCUCGCCGAAUUACAGUCGCUAAAACACCUCAACCUCGCCGGGAAUUCGUUCACCGGAGAAAUCCCGAGGAGCUUCGGCGCCGGGUUCCCUUCCCUCUCGACGCUCAACCUCGCCGGGAACGACAUCUCGGGCGAGUUCCCGGCGUUCCUGGCAAAUGUCAGCGCCCUCGAGGAGCUCCUGCUCGCGUACAACCCUUUCACGCCUUCCCCUGUCCCGGACGCCAUCGCCCACGGUCUGCCACGGCUCCGCGUGCUGUGGCUCGCUGGGUGCGGCCUCGUCGGGAACAUCCCGGCUUCCAUCGGGAACCUGAAACGCCUCGUCAACCUCGACCUCUCCACGAACAAUUUAACCGGCGAGAUCCCGGAGAGCAUCGGGGGAUUGGAGAGCGUCGUGCAGAUCGAGCUCUACUCGAACAAGCUCUCCGGCAGGGUCCCGGCCGGGCUGGGCAAGCUCAAGAAGCUGCGGUUCCUGGACGUCGCCAUGAACCGGCUGUCGGGGGAGAUACCGCCGGACCUGCUCCUCGCGCCGGGGCUGGAGAGCCUGCACCUGUACGAGAACGAGCUGUCCGGCCGCGUUCCGUCGACGCUGGGGCAGGCGCCGGCGUUGAACGACCUGAGGCUGUUCAGCAACCGCCUGGUCGGGGAGCUUCCGCCGGAGUUCGGGAAGAACUGCCCGCUCGAGUUCAUCGACCUGUCGGACAACCGGAUUUCAGGCCGGAUUCCGGCCACGCUGUGCAGCGCAGGGAAGCUGGAGCAGCUCCUGAUACUGAACAACGAGCUUGACGGACCGAUCCCGGCCGAGCUUGGGGAAUGCCGGACGCUGACGCGUGUCCGGCUGCCGAACAACCGGCUGUCCGGGCCCGUGCCGCUGGACAUGUGGAGCCUGCCGCAUCUGUACCUUCUAGAGCUCGCGGGGAACGCUCUGUCCGGCACCGUGGGGCCAGGCAUUGCCCUGGCGCAGAACCUGUCGCAGCUGCUGCUAUCCGACAACCAUUUCGCCGGCGUGCUGCCGGCGGAGCUAGGCAGCCUGACAAACCUGGUCGAGCUGUCGGCCGCCAACAACGGGUUCUCCGGUCCUCUGCCAGCGACGCUCGCUGAUCUGUCCACGCUCGGCAGGAUUGAUUUACGGAACAACUCGAUCUCCGGGGAGCUGCCACAAGGUGUUCGACGGUGGCAGAAGCUGACGCAGCUCGACCUGGCAGACAACCGGCUCACGGGGAGCAUCCCGCCGGGGCUCGGGGAGCUCCCCGUGCUGAAUUCGCUGGACUUGUCGAGCAACGAGCUCACUGGCGGCGUGCCGGCGCAGCUGGAGAACCUCAAGCUGAGCCUGCUCAACCUUUCCAACAACCGGCUCAGCGGCGACCUGUCUCCUGUCUUCUCGGGCGACAUGUACGACGACAGCUUCCUGGGGAACCCUGCUCUCUGCCGCGGCGGAGCGUGCUCCGGCGGGCGCAGAGGGGCGGGCGCAGCCGGCCGUCGGAGCGCCGAGUCCAUCAUUACCAUCGCCGGAGUCAUCCUCGUCCUCGGCGUGGCGUGGUUCUGCUACAAGUACCGGAGCCAUUACAGCGCGGAGGCCAGCGCCGGAAACAAGCAGUGGGUGGUGACAUCGUUCCACAAGGCGGAGUUCCACGAGGAAGACAUCCUGAGCUGCCUGCACGACGAGCACAACGUGAUCGGCGCGGGCGCCGCCGGCAAGGUGUACAAGGCAUUCCUCGGCCGCGGCGGGGACGAAGACGUGGUGGCCGUGAAGAAGCUGUGGGGCGCGGCGAGGAACAAGGAGCUGUCGUCGUCGUCUUCGUCCUCCAACAAGGAUGGCUUCGAGGCGGAGGUGGCGACGCUGGGCAGGGUCCGGCACAAGAACAUCGUGAAGCUCUGGUGCUGCCUCCGCAGCGGCGACCGGAGGCUGCUGGUGUACGAGUACAUGCCCAACGGCAGCCUGGGCGACCUGCUCCACGGCGGCAAGGGCGCCGUCCUGGACUGGCCGAUGCGGUACAGGAUCAUGGUCGACGCCGCGGAGGGCCUCUCCUACCUGCACCACGACUGCGCGCCGCCCAUCGUGCACCGGGACGUCAAGUCCAACAACAUCCUCCUCGACGCCGACUUCGGCGCAAAGGUCGCCGACUUCGGCGUCGCCAGGGCCAUCGUCGGCAGCGGCAACAACGGCCGCCGCGCCCCGGACGCCGCCGUGUCCGCCAUCGCCGGCUCCUGCGGCUACAUUGCUCCCGAGUACUCGUACACGCUGCGGAUCACGGAGAAGAGCGACGUGUACAGCUUCGGCGUGGUGAUGUUGGAGCUGGUGACCGGCAAGAGGCCCGUGGGGGGGCCGGAGCUGGGCGACAAGGACCUGGUGAGGUGGGUGUGCGGCAGCAUCGAGCGCGAAGGGGUGGACGCCGUGCUGGACCCGAGGCUCGCCGCCGGCGCCGGCGAGUCCUGCAGGGCCGAGAUGCGCAAGGUCCUCAGCGUGGCCCUGCUCUGCACGUCCAGCCUCCCCAUCAACCGCCCGUCGAUGAGGUCCGUCGUGAAGCUGCUGCUCGAGGUGCUGCCGGACAGCAAGCCCGCUCUUGUGCUGGAGCUGGAGGAGAAGCCGCCUCUUGAUGUCGUCUGACGACGCCCCCAAUGUCAGAAAUCAAGACUAAUUAAACAGUAGCAUUUGCCACGCCUAUUUACGAUGAAGAAUAGCUCUGAAAUCUUAGUUACAACCUGUAGCUGUAGCCAGUGAGUGGACUCAACGUCAAUCUAGGCCUGCUUAAUCAAACAUACUUAAUAGUAGUAUCUUGGUAAAAAUGUAGUUUGUAGUAUCUCUAAACUCCCAUGUAACCAGAUGGUCCCUUGAGUACUAACUAAUGGUCACCAUGUUCAUGUUUGUUUGCUCAUUGCUUAGACUGGAUCCAAGGUGCCUUUUUGCCCCUAA